AUGGGCAUGAGGAUCAAGCUGCACAGCACCAACCACCCCAACAACCUGCUGAAGGAGCUCAACAAGUGCCGCCUCUCGGAGACCAUGUGCGACGUGACCAUCCUGGUGGGCAGCCGCUCCUUCGCCGCGCACAAGGCCGUCCUGGCCUGCGCCGCCGGCUACUUCCAGAACCUCUUCCUCAACACGGGGCUGGACGCGGCGCGCACCUACGUGGUGGACUUCAUCACGCCGGCCAACUUCGAGAAGAUCCUCAGCUUCGUGUACACCUCGGAGCUCUUCACGGACCUCAUCAACGUGGGCGUCAUCUACGAGGUGGCCGAGCGGCUGGGCAUGGAGGACCUGCUGCGCGCCUGUCACUCCACCUUCCCCGACCUGGAGAGCUCGGCCCUCGCCAAGCAGCCCUCCGUGGCCACGGGUGAGGGCUUCACCAGCCCUCUGAGCAGCGCCUCGGCCGAGCACAAACUCCCCGUCGGGGAGCUGCGCGGCGCCAGGGAGCAUUUCAGCUCCGAGCGGAAUUACAUCCUGCCGGGAGAAGCGGCGGGCGCCUACAAAGAGGAUGAGCGGAAUCCCGGGAGUGAAAACACGCUGGCUCUUGCGCUGCUGCCGCAGCAGCCCCCCAAGACGGAGCAGGAACCGGAGCAAGGGCAGUUCGCCGCGGGCGCCCAGCCCAACCUGGGCACCGUCAACGUUGUCCUUCAGUCCCCUGCGGGCUCCUGCCCGCAGUACAAGGUCCAGAGCAACGGCGACUACGGCAAGGGCGGCUUCUUUGGCGCCGACACUUCCCUGGACAUCUCCAUGGGGAGCAACUCCUGUCCCAGCAACAGCGACCACUCCAAGGAGCAGGGCUUUGGGCCCAUGGAGGAGCUGCGCUUGGAGGACUUGGGGGACGAGGAGCUGCCUUUCGAAGACGCCGGCGAGGAGCUGGGCCCGACGGAGGAGGUCAUCGAGCUGAGCGACGACAGCGAGGACGAGCUGCCCUUCGAGAGCGACGGCCGGGACGGCAAGGCCAUGCCCUGCCAGGUGUGCAAGAAGGUGCUGGAGCCCAACAUCCAGCUGAUCCGCCAGCACGCCCGGGACCACGUGGACCUGCUCACCGGCAACUGCAAGGUCUGCGAGACGCACUUCCAGGACCGCAAUUCCCGCGUCACCCACGUGCUGUCGCACAUCGGCAUCUUCCUCUUCUCCUGCGACAUGUGCGAGACCAAGUUCUUCACGCAGUGGCAGCUCACGCUGCAUCGCCGGGAAGGGGUGUUUGACAACAACGUCAUCGUGCACCCCAGCGACCCGCUGCCGGCCAAGGCGCCCGCGCUGGCGCCAGCCUCCGAGCUGGCGUGCGCGGCCUGCGGGAAGCCGCUUGCCAAGGAUUUCCCGGCCGUCCGCAGCCACGUGCUGGAGCACGUGCACCUGAAGAGCCAGACGUGCGGCGUGUGCGAGCAGAGGCACCUGAGCCUCUGCGGCCUCCUGUGGCACGCGCUCUCCCACCUGGGCGUCCCCGUCUUCUCCUGCUCCGUGUGCGCCAGCAGCUUCGUGGAUCGGCACCUGCUGGAGAAGCACUUGGCCGUGCACCGGAGCGCCGAGGAGGCCCUGCUGCGGUGCCGCUUCUGCGGGCAGAGCUUCAAGCUGGAGGCCGCCUAUCGCUACCACGUGAGCCAGCACAAGUGCGGCGGCCUGGACGGGCGCCCCGGCUUCGGCGACCGCCUCCGGCACCCGGCGCUGCCCAAGCGGAAGCUUCCCGAGGAAUUCCUGAGCGAGGAGCCGGCGCUGCCCAACCAGCCGGGCAACAGCAAGUACAGCUGCAAGGUGUGCGGCAAGAGGUUCGCCCACACCAGCGAGUUCAACUACCACCGCCGCAUCCACACGGGGGAGAAGCCCUACCAGUGCAAGGUGUGCCACAAGUUCUUCCGCGGCCGCUCCACCAUCAAGUGCCACCUGCGGACGCACGCGGGCGCCCUCAUGUACCGCUGCACCGUGUGCGGCCACUACAGCUCCACGCUCAACCUCAUGAGCAAGCACAUCGGCGUGCACAAGGGCAGCCUGCCGCCCGACUUCACCAUCGAGCAGACGUUCAUGUACGUUAUCCACUCCAAAGAGGCCGAGAAGAACACGGACAGCUGAUGGGGAGCAGCCCGGGAGCCGGCGUGCGGGAGCCGCGGGGAAAAAACGCCCUUCGUUUUAUUUAAUAUGGUUGAAUUCCCACCCGCCAGGGAUGGAUUUUGUUUUUCCUUUUCAUUUGGGGGCCUUAGUAAGGUGAUUUUUUUGGAGUGGCGUUGUGCAGAUUGACAGCACGUGGGCAACGUCACCGUUCCCGAGGAGUCUGUGGUGUUUACUUACCUAUGGUCCUGUUAGAGGACAUGGGAGUUCCGUCUUCUUAGCGUUUCUCACUAGGGUUUUGAUCUAGAUUGGCUUUUUCUUUGUUGGUUGGGGUUUGUUUUUGAACCGUUUAGCCCAUUUGACUCGGCUAACCCUCGGUUGGAGCUGAGCUGCCAACCGAUGCUGCUACGAGUGUGAAACCAGACCUCAGCGGAGAGGGAUGGAGCCGGAGACUGGACGCAAAAAGGACCUUAAAAAGGAGAGAAAGAAGGAAAAAAGAGACUCGUCG